GACAAGCACUGGCGAAUUCCGUUUAUGGCCAUGCACUUGCAUGCAACGGCAUGUUCGAAGUUGAAGGUUUCUAUGAGAUUGAUCAUGCUGGGCUUCCACCAAAGUCUCCCAUUCAGCUCAAAUCCAUUAGAGUAGUGAAGGUCAGUGAGACGACGAGGUUGGACGUCACGGUGAGGUUUCCGAGCGUGUUGGCGUUGAGGAAUUACUUCGCCGGAGACUUGGACACUGGGAGGAACCCGGAGUUGGAUGAGAAGUUUGUGAUGGGGACGAACCAGGCGGUGAGGAUAUUGAAGAGGAUGGUGCCGGAAAUAGAGAUGGAUGAAGAGAAGCAUAUGAAGAGUUUCUGGGUUGUGUCUCCUACGGUGUUGGAUUGUCCGCCGGCGAUGGUUGUGGUGCCGGCGGCGAAGGUGGUUGUAGAGGAGGAGAUACAGAGCCCUUCGGUGCCGGGUGGGUGUCUCUUGGCGCUUAAGAGUGCUGGUUUGUUGGCUUGGGGAGCGAGGAGGAAGGUGAAGUAUAUUGGACGGCAUAGAGAAGUGCCGACCAUUGGUAUGAAGGAGGAGGAGGAGGAGGAGGAGGAGGAGGGAGAGAUGUCCAUGGAGAAGAAGAGGUCGAGGGAGGAAGGUGGUAGUAAGAAGGAGAGAAAGAAGAAGAAGAUGAAGAAGAGUGUGAUCAUCAGGGAGGAGGAGGAAGAGGAGCAGAGCCAGAGGUCAAGGGAGAGGUGGUCGUCGGAGAGGUACGAGGCGGCGGAGUUGAAGCUUUUGGAUAUAAUGAGAGAGAAGGGAGCGAAGCUUGGCAAGCCUAUAAUUCGGCAGGCGUUGAGGGAGGAAGCAAGGAAACACAUCGGUGACACUGGUUUGCUUGACCACCUUCUCAAACACAUGGCCGGAAAGACUAUUGCUGAUGGUGCCGAGAGGUUUCGUCGCCGGCAUAACGCUGAGGGAGCUAUGGAGUAUUGGCUUGAGCCUGCGGACUUGGUGGAGAUACGCCGGAAAGCUGGGGUUUCUGAUCCUUACUGGGUGCCGCCGCCUGGGUGGAAGCUCGGCGACGCCAUUGUUCCUUGUCAGUGUGGUUCAGAGUGUAAGCUUCAGCUCAUUCAGCUCAAAGAUGAGCUCACUAACCUCAAAAGGGAUAUGGAGCAGCAGCCUCUGAGCUCGCAGAAGCAACUGGAGGUGGAGACCAGGGAGUCACAGUCGGAAGCUGAAAAAGGAAGCAGCCCUUGGCAGGAGAGUUAUCAGACUUUGCUAGACUGGAAGACCAAGGUGGAAGCUGAAAUGGCUGAGAUGUCCUCUUCUUUGCUAGCACUAAAGCAAGAGUUGCAGUUAUUAAAGGAAGAGAAUGAGAAGAAGAUGAGAAUAGAACAGGUAAUUACACAGAACGACAGCAACGACAACAACAACAGCAAGAGAGAUGGAAAUGGAGAAGAUGAUGAUCAUAAGGAAGGAGGGAGAGGGAGUAGAGAAUCAAGCAGUAUUACCAACAACAGCAGUAUCAUUAAUCUCCCCAUAAACAGCAACAGCAACAACAACAAGAACAACAGCAGCAACAGCAAUAACAACAGUAAUGAGGUUAACACUACAACUAGUACUAAUGUAAGUAAGCGGGCUGCAGUAAGGAAGAGUGGGUUCAGGAUAUGCAAGCCCCAAGGGACGUUCUUAUGGCCGGACAUGGCAUCAUCAUGCUCACCGCGCGCAGUGGCACUAGGCCAUGACACUCUCUUCCGUGGCUGUGGGCUUCCCACUCCUCCCUCUGUUUCAUCAGCUACCUCACCACCUUUUCCUUCUCCUUCCCCCCUUGGAACAGCGUCGGUUAAGAAUGGAGUGACGACGGAGUUGGCCUUGGCUACGCCUUCUUUGUCCAACUUUUGAUGUGAUAUAUUUGGUAUGGUUUUAGUUUACGUGUUGGGUUGGUUUGUGGGGGCGCUCUUGCAUGCAUUGGAGUUUUAUGUGGAGAGAAGUAGAGAAAAGAAAAGGUAUGUGUGUUGUGGACUGUGUUCUUUCUGUGUCUCUCUGUCUCUUUUUUUUUUUUUCCUUUUCUGAUUGUUAU